AUGUCUUUUGGAAGUCAAACGAAAGAACGACCAGUGACUUCGUUGCGGUUUUAUGUUCCGCUUCAACCUAUUGAUUUUGAUUCGUAUGAAGAUCCUAGAGCGAGCGCUUUUCAAACUUGUGUUGUUAAUUUUGAAGAAUUAAUGGCCAAGACAAAGAAGGUGCUCGGAAUUAAAAAGAAAAAACCCAACAACGACAAGAAAGUGAUUGAUGAUAGUGAAGAUGAAGUAGUAGCAUCAUCGGAAGCAAAAGUGGGAGCUACAGGAAGUAAGGAUCAAACGAACGGAGUAGAAGAUUCUGUAACCAAAUCAUCACAACCCAAAAUGAAACCAAACGAGGCUGAUGGAGAAGAUAUUACAAAACCACCAACCAUUGACGACGAUAGCGAAGAAGAGGUAGUAUUUGCAUCAGAGGAAUCCAUCAGUGAAGAAGAAGACACAGUUGAAAAAACAAGGAAAAGGCUCAAAAAGAACACUCUUCUUGAGGAGAAAUUAAAACAAGUAGCGUUUGGUGAUGAGGAAGGAAGAAGAAGAAUUGCCGAAGAUUUAGAUUGGUUAGACGAUUCAGGAGCGCCGUACUCCAAGUUGAAUUCUGUUAUUCACAGUAUCACACAAAGAGAAAGAAUGCUAAAAAAUCAAUUGACAAUCCAUGAACAACACCGAAAAAUCAGCUUAGAAUCGAGUAAAAAGAAAAAAGCAGAAAAAGAACGAAAAAAACGUGAUGAUGAAUAUGACAGUGACGAUUCAUGGAUUGAUGACACAGAGUAUGAUUUGAUGACGGAUAUUCCAAUGCUGCCUCCAUCAGAAUAUCAAACAAUAACACCAAGCUCCACUCUCAAAAAGAAAGGCGACAAAAAGAAAAUUGAAGAUGAUGAAGAGGGUAGCUCUGAAGAUUCUGGUGGUGAAGAAUCCCUCUCGGAGGAUGACUAUGCAAACAAAAAAUUCCCUGAAGAUAUUGAAAAAGCAAUUCAGGAAUUGCAAGAUUUGGCAGUAGAAAAAGGUUUUGAUUCUUCAAAAACGUACAAGACAAUACCAUCAGAGCUUAAUGAAGGUCUUAAAAAACUGGCAAUGGAGAGAAUGAAGCAUUACAAAAAAGGUGUCCCAAACACAUUGCUGAGAAGAUUGCGAAAGAUACCUCCCCUUAAUUUUGGACCGAAAACUAUUAAGGAAAGAAUGAAAGCGCUUGUGCAGGAAUAUGAAGCUGGUCAACAUCCUGUUGAGAUACAAACCUUGAAAGAUAAAUUGAAGAAGAGCUUGUUCAAGGAUAUGCUUGAUUGUUUAGAAAGAAAGGGACAGAAAGAAACUCAUCCAUAUUCAGACGAGAAUUAUGAAAUUCUACGUAAAAAAGUCAGAGAUUUAGAGGGUGGUAGGCUGAAAAAUUCUUCAGAAACAAACGAAUUAAUGACAACAAUAAUUAGAAAGAUUUUGAAGACAAGCGGAGACCAAUCGAGCAAGAAAAAAGGAGAGGAAGACGACAAAAAGAAGGAAGUGGAUAGCUUCGUGAAAGGUUUCUUAAAGUCAAUAUGGCCCACAAAAACAGAUUUAAUGAAAAAGGUUAGAAGUUUAUGCCCUGAGUUGGAGCCAAAGACAGCCACGUCAUCUUCUUCAUCUAGUGCCACCAGUUCUUCUACAUCGUCAAAACCCUCUGAUACAACAGAGACCUCUAAAGUCACCUCUGAAGAGAAGCAACAAGAAAAAACGACAUCCAUCGAAAAAAAAAGAAAAGAAGGAAAAGAAGGACAAAAAGAAAGACAAGUUGAAGAAAGAAAGCAACGAUGA